AUGGCGAUAGUCCUCAAUUCGGAAGAAAACUCCUACUUUUCGUCAAGUCCUCUUCGUCGAUCACACUCCCAGCCCAAAUUCGUCACACAACCGUCGUCAUAUUCACAAUCUCUAUCUCGAUCAAAUAGCGUGAAAUUCAACCCGAUAAUAUCACCCAGUAAUUCCUCGGCGUCUUCAGCACCAUCAUCUCCCCAAACCCUACAUGCCGAUUCUGUCGCUCCUUCAUACUCGUCAACACCAGCUAGCAGUUUGUCACUCGAUCAUAGCGACGAUGCAGACGAUGAAGAUCAAAUUUACUUUCCCACAUAUGACGACACAGGAUAUUUCGAUCAAAUUGAAGAUUUAGAGCCACCAACCAGUCCACAUACCGACGAUUCCUAUGCUGUCUCACCCAUCCCAAACAGCACCUCUAUAAUCUCGCGACCUGGAUCCCCAGAAGUACCACACGCACAUGCCGAGGAUGACACAGCACUACAAGCGAAACCUUCGCGGCACGUUGAUUAUCUAUCACACAAUUGGAGAGAAGAGGAUAUAUGGGCAUCAUGGAAACUCAUAGUAUCAAAAGGGGGGGAAUACUCUAAUCAUGAACGACUAGAAAAUGCUUCGUGGAGAACUUGGAUGAAGGCAAAAUAUAGACUCAAGACCGUGUCACCCGAGACACUUAAUUGGUUGAAGGAUUGUGACGUGACCUGGCUAUAUGGUCCACUUCAAGCUGGACCAACCUCAUUCAACGCCCCAGAUACUUCUCCCGUGAGCAGCAGCAGGCUAUCGAAAUCAAAUUCCUUUUUGCAAAAGAAGCCAAUUCUCAAGAAACGAAGUAUGUCCGAAAUAAUGCUUCAAAGGUCGUUGUCAUCAUCUUCAUUACUCAAACAAGCUGCUGCUGCGGUACAAGCACAGCAAUCUGGGGAUGGACGCCCUGGUAUAAUUAGGGCUACAUCUGACUACGUUCCAUAUGAAUUUGCAAGUAGACAAUCAGAACAAGCUGAUUUAAGUAUGCUUUCAUCGGUUACCUCAUCAGGACUUAUCACCCCUGGUACUGAAAAGAAACGCAUUAGUUUCAAUGAACAAGUAUCGCAAUGUAUAGCCUUGGAAGUCAAGGGCGAUGAUGAUGACGAGCUGGACUACGGUACCCAAGACUUUGACGAUAGUGACUCCGAUGAUGGAGCUAUCAUGAUGAAGAGGAGCACUUCUAAACGACAACUCCCACCGAUGAGGAAGAGGAUAAUAUCUAGAGUCAACUCUAUGACUGAUAGCAAAACCAUUGCAAUGCUACCAUCCACAACACUCAAGUACCGAGCAGAUACUCCCGAGCCACAGGAGACAGCCAUGAAGCACAGUGGGUCUUUUCACGGUGGAAAGUUGUCACCGUCACCCUCUCAAGACACAUUGAAGCCUUCAAAGCCAUCAACAAGAAUGCUUCUAGGCGAUGAUGAAGACGAUGAUGACAUCGAUUGGCAACCACCCAAUGCAUUCGCCCAUAGAAAAGAUAGCGUGUCCAUUGCGCAAGAUCGAUUUCACAGUCUCAGCACCUCGGACUCUGUUUGUAACGACGAGCCUUCUGGUAUGAGGAGAACGCCAUCCGGCAUGUUUAUGCCUUAUGAAGAGGACGAAGAUGAUGCUGUAUCUGAAGGUCUUUUUGGAAAAGUUGUCGAUACUGUGAAUACAGCAAAGGACAUUGCACAUGUCAUCUGGAAUGUCGGAUGGAGGCGUUGA